AUGAGGACGUGUUUUGUGCUGUCGGUGAUUCUGUUGGAGCUCUGCAGCCUGACGUUGCAGUUGGAUCCAUUUGACGCCCCGCAGCAGUACAAAGAAGCUUGGUUGAACGUGGCCCUGGGUGAUGUGGUCCCGCCCCUGGAUGCGGCCCGGGACCCCGCCGCGCGAGGACCGCCUCCGGGCUCCUCCCUGCCCUCCUCGGCCAACUUCGGCGAGCACGCCAACCUGAAGUGGGUUCCGUGGAAUGGCUCCCUGCCCGACGGAGCGGUGGCCAUUUUCAACGGCUACGCCCAGCGCACCGACUACGUGUGCAAGGUAAAGUGCGAGGCGGGCUUCUUCGCCCGAGACACCUGCCGCUACCCGUACGCCGACAAGGAGUACGCGUCGGACGCCUUCGACCUGCUGGUCAACGUGGACCACUUCGAGUUCCUGGAGUGGGCGGAGGACUCGUACGGAUCGGUGCCCCGGCUCGCCGUCAGGACGUGCCAAGGCGUCGACAUCUUCGUGGGCAAGAACAAAUACGGACUCGGCAAGGUGGUGAGCCAGCACGAGGCCUUCUUCCUUCCCUGGGAGGGCGACGAGUACUGGUACAAGAGGUACCAGGUUCUACGGAUCAACCCCGACGUGUACAGCCAGCACAUCUCGCACGUGGAGUACGCUGUGGACCAAAUGGAGCUCUUCCACCACCCGCCCGAAACCCUGCAGCUGGCCAAAGUCACCAACCUGGAGUGCCACGCCGUGCACAAGACAGUGACGCUGGACAAGACCAGCACCAGCGAGAAGACCUGGGACACCGGACGGGAGACCCGCAACGGCUCGGUGUCCACCAUGAAGGCCAAGGUGCCCAUCCUGGGGCCCGGGAACGUGGACUUCACCAAGGAGCAGACCGUCACCUUCUCCGAGGGGACCAGCCUCCUGGAGGCGGUGAGCCACUCGGUCAGCGUGGAGCUCCUAGUGCAGCCCAACUUUUCCUGCGCCGUCAGGAUGGACGGACGCAAGAUGAGCGCCGACAUCCCCUUCAAGGCCCGGCUGAGUCGCACCAACCACAACGGAGACACGCACUGGACCUCCAUCACGGGAACCUACGAUGGCGUCAGCGUUGGCGAGAUCAACGCUGUGGUGGAGCGUUGCCAGCCCGUAGCUGACUCCGUUCCAUGCCAGCCCAACCAAGACUAA